CUCUGCCACCCCACCAGCAGCACACCUUCCCUGUGGAUGUUGCAGAGCCAAGAUAUUGUCCCGCUGCACUUUCUUUUCUUCAUCUGGCACACGCUUGGCAAUCAAGAAAAGCUUCAUUUGGGUUGUUGAUGGAGCUCUUCUGAAUGACCGUGCAUUGCUGGCAUGUAUUGUAAGGACAUCUUCACCUUCUAGAUGAAGUUAUCCUGUCCUUUCUAACCUGGAUCGCAUUUGGGAAUAACAUACUGUCCGCCAUAUGAUGGUUACUUCUGAAUUGCAUGGGAAGCAAAACAAGAGGUGGUGAACACAGGUGGAAACAUUUCUUCAUAGCUUCAGACCCCUUUGAAAUGUAUGUAUCAGGAGAGUGUACUUCUUCAUCAACAAGCUUUAAUGUGAUGGAUCUUAAAAGAAAUAUCCUAGCUUUAUCCGUGCUGCUCCUUGGUCUCGUCAAGUCAUCUGAAGGUGGGGCGUACUAUGGGAUGAAACAGAUGCCCCCACAGAUGCCUCAGUAUCAACCGAUGGGGCAAGGUCCACCAAUGGGACAUCUUGGAAAAGAAAAAGCACAUAUGCCUUACUAUGGGAAGGAAAUGCCACACAUGCCGAUGUUUGGAAAAGACCUAAUUCCAAGAAAAGAUGGCAAAGAGCUUCCAUUAUCUGCUAUGCGAGGCGAUCAAGGGCCUCCCGGCGAACCUGGACCGAGAGGACCACCAGGCCCUCAAGGACCACCUGGACAAGGAAUACUGGGGCCCAAAGGAAACCAGGGCCCACCAGGCCCACCUGGUUUUCCAGGACUUGGCAAACCAGGAAUGCCAGGAAUGCCAGGAAAGCCUGGUGGUGUUGGAAUGCCAGGACCAAAGGGAGAUCAAGGACCCAAGGGUGAGAUGGGACACAAAGGAUUGCCUGGACCACAAGGAUCCCCUGGAUCUCAAGGAUUGCCUGGUGUCGGCAAGCCAGGUGAUCAGGGUUUCCCAGGAAAGCCAGGCCCAAAAGGUGAACCAGGGUUAAAAGGGCCACCAGGAUUUCCAGGAGUCAUGGGCAUAAAGGGAGAAAAGGGAGUAGGAGUGCCGGGUUUACCAGGUCUCAAAGGUCCACCUGGAAUACAGGGACCUCCAGGCCCUAUUGGUCUGCCAGGUAUAGGAAAGCCUGGCAUCAAUGGUUUUCCAGGACCAAAAGGACAUCCUGGUAAUCCAGGGUUACAAGGGGAACCAGGGCCAGCUGGUCCUGUUGGACCACCAGGACUACAAGGCCCACCUGGAAUCCCUGGUGUUGGAAAACCUGGCAAAGAUGGACUUCCUGGUGGAAUUGGGUUGCCAGGUGUCAAAGGUGAUCAAGGACUGCCAGGUUUACCAGGAGCCCCUGGCCUUCCUGGAAUAGGUAAACCUGGACUUCCGGGUCCUAAAGGUGACCACGGUCUUGGUGGUUUACCAGGUCCGAUUGGCCCUAAAGGUGAAAAAGGCCAUAUUGGGGAGCCUGGAAUAGGAGGCCAGCCAGGUGACCCCGGUCCUCCAGGUAUACCUGGACCCAUUGGACCGCCAGGUGUUUCAGGAUUUCCUGGUCCUAAAGGGGAACAGGGUAAUGUAGGACCUAAUGGUCCUUUGGGGCCUAAAGGUGAGCCAGGUUUACCAGGCCUACCAGGUAAACAAGGAUUUCCGGGUGAAUUGGGGCCACAAGGCCUCAGGGGUUUACCAGGACCUGUUGGGCCAAAGGGAGAUGCUGGGCACAAAGGUUUAGAAGGGCCACCUGGUGCACCUGGAUUGCCUGGACCUAAAGGAGAACCAGGAAUUCCUGGAGAGCAAGGGAUUCAAGGGCCAACUGGAAUUCCUGGCCUUGCAGGACCAAGUGGUCCAAUUGGUUCUCCUGGACUUCCAGGGGUAAAGGGUGACCAGGGUCCACCUGGUGUACCUGGACUUCCAGGCAUUGGAAAAGAUGGCUUGACAGGACCACAAGGUCCAAUGGGACCACCUGGAGGACUGGGUCCACCUGGGCAGCGUGGUUUACCAGGACCUCCUGGUCCACCAGGUCCACCUGGUCUUCCUGCAGAAAUUCCUCCUACACCACCAGGAAUGGGACAGUAUUUGCCUGAAAUGGGACCUGCUAUUGAUGGAAUAAAAACCUCUCAAGGUUACUAUGGAAAGAAAGGACACAAUUCAGCCAUGAUGCAUGAGAUGCCAGCGUUCACAGCUGAACUGACCACUCCCUUCCCACCUGUAGGAGAACCUAUAAAGUUUGAAAAGUUGUUAUAUAAUGGCAGACAAGGCUACAACCCACAUAGUGGCAUAUUUACAUGUGAAAUCCCUGGAAUUUACUAUUUUUCAUACCAUGUCCAUUGUAAAGGUGCAAAUGUAUGGGUGGCUUUAUAUAAGAACAGUGAACCAUUAAUGUACACUUAUGAUGAAUAUAAAAAGGGCUAUCUAGACCAAGCCUCUGGGAGUGCAGUGGUCCCUCUGAUGCAUGGAGAUAAAGUAUAUAUUCAGAUGCCUUCAGAGCAAGCAGCUGGACUCUAUGCCGGGCAGUAUGUCCACUCAUCAUUCUCUGGAUAUUUAUUGUAUCCGAUGUGAAGAGCAGUAGUAACAUGAACUCUAAAUACAAUUUUGCUUCCGUAUUUUAUAUCAGAUAUAACUGCCUUAAAACCUCUACCAGCGGCAUGCAAGGUGCUAUUGGGCGAUAUCUUCCUUGCUUGGGUAGCAGCAAGAAGUUAGCUGGCAGUUGGAUCAUCCUUCUUACAGUUAAAUCUUUUGUUGUAUGUAUGCACAGUAAAUACAAACUUAGAGUGAAAAUAUAAUUUGCAU